AACAACCAUAGCUGCCAUUGCUCAUAGCAGUAGCCGAGAAAGAAAAUCAGAGAGAGAGGGAUCUUCAAAUUUGGUAAUGGCCGCAUUCAAUUGUAAGCUUGUUUUGAUCUGCGCGACGCUCGUGGCGGCGGCGGCGAUAGCCGUCGAUGCGAGUGGGGACCGCCAUCAACACUCCACCCUGGGGUGGUUACCCACCGGAUCUCCAUGCGAGGGAUCCAUGGCCGAAUGCUUUGCCGGGGAAGAAUUCGAGCUGGAUUCGGAGAUCAGCCGGCGCAUAUUAGCGUCCGCCAGGUACAUCAGCUACGGCGCGCUGCAGAGAAACACCGUGCCUUGCUCCCGGCGCGGCGCUUCCUACUACAAUUGCCGGCCUGGAGCUCAGGCGAACCCUUACAACCGUGGCUGCAGCCGUAUUACGAGGUGCAGGCGCUGAAUGAGCGUUUGGUUUUUACACUCGAAGAAGACGAAAGAGUUAGAUCGGUGGGUAGUGAAAUCCGGUAACGGCUCUUUCUUGUUAUUGAUUAAAAUAUUAUUAUUAUCUUAAUUUAAUUUUAACUUUGC